AUUGGACUUGAGGAAGGGUCCAAUGGAAAACGAAAAAAUACUGAUAAACCAGUGCAAAUUUUCGACUACGAAUAAGAAUCAAAUAAAUAAAAAAAAUUACAUUACAGCAAAGAAAGAAGACAAAAAAAAGUGGAAGGUAAUCGAAAACAGAAUCGUGAGAAUCAUUGGAGAAGAAGAAGAAUAAGCUGUUAAACUCUCUUAAGCUAUUCUUCAGUGUUGCAGAAACGUGAAAAUCUUAUCAGAAAUCGGAAUCGGAAAAGAUGUCGAUUCCGAAAGAACCAGAAGAAGUAAUGAAGUUAAGAGGAGGAUCGGUACUCGGAAAGAAAACCAUUCUUAAAAGCGACCAUUUCCCCGGUUGCCAGAACAAACGGUUACGUCCUAACAUCGACGGAGCUCCCAAUUAUCGUCAGGCUGAUUCGUUACAUGUUCACGGUGUUGCGAUUCCAACAAUUGAUGGAAUCAGAAAUGUUCUUAAGCACAUUGGUGCUCAAACUGAAGGGAAGAAAGUUCAUGUUCUUUGGAUUAGUCUUCGCGAAGAACCGGUUGUGUACAUUAAUGGGCGCCCCUUUGUUUUGCGUGAUGUGGAGAGACCAUUCUCCAAUCUUGAGUAUACGGGAAUUAAUAGGGAAAGAGUUGAACAAAUGGAAGCUCGUUUGAAAGAAGACAUUCUGAAUGAAGCUGCAAGAUAUGGAAAUAAGAUUCUUGUGACUGAUGAACUUCCAGAUGGUCAGAUGGUGGACCAAUGGGAAUCAGUGUCAUGUAAUUCUGUGAAGACACCACUAGAGGUGUACGAGGAAUUGCAAGUGGAAGGAUAUUUUGUUGAUUAUGAACGUGUUCCAGUAACUGAUGAAAAAUCCCCAAAGGAACAGGAUUUUGAUAUUUUGGUUCAUAAAAUUUCACAAGCUGAUGUAAAUACAGAGAUAAUUUUUAAUUGUCAAAUGGGGCGUGGACGAACAACAACCGGAAUGGUCAUUGCGACUUUGAUUUAUCUUAAUCGAAUUGGAGCUUCUGGGAUUCCAAGAAACAACUCAGUUGGUACAAUUUCACAAUGUCUGACUAAUGUCCCAGACCACAUGCCUAAUUCAGAGGAGGCAAUUCGUAGGGGAGAAUAUACGGUCAUAAGAAGCUUGAUUCGUGUGUUAGAGGGUGGUGUUGAGGGGAAAAAACAAGUGGACAAAGUCAUUGACAAGUGUGCUUCAAUGCAGAACUUACGUGAAGCAAUUGCCACUUAUCGGAAUAGUAUUCUGCGGCAACCGGAUGAGAUGAAAAGGGAGGCAUCACUUUCUUUUUUUGUGGAGUACUUGGAGAGAUACUACUUUUUGAUAUGUUUUGCUGUAUACAUACAUUCAGAAAUGGCUGCACUCCAAGCUAUGUCUGCUAGUCAUAGUAGUUUUGCUGACUGGAUGAGAGCUAGGCCAGAGCUCUACAGCAUUAUUCGCAGGUUGCUGAGGAGAGACCCAAUGGGUGCACUCGGAUAUUCCAGUUUGAAACCAUCACUAAAGAAGAUAGCUGAAUCUACUGAUGGCCGCCCUUCUGAGAUGGGCGUGGUUGCUGCCUUGAGAAAUGGCGAGGUACUUGGCAGUCAAACUGUUCUGAAAAGUGAUCAUUGCCCAGGAUGUCAAAAUCCAAGAUUGCCCGAAAGAGUGGAAGGUGCACCUAAUUUCAGAGAAGUUCCUGGCUUUCCAGUUUAUGGAGUUGCAAAUCCAACCAUCGAUGGUAUUCGUUCUGUCCUUCGCAGGAUUGGUAGCUCGAAAGGUGGACGCCCGGUACUUUGGCAUAAUAUGAGAGAAGAACCUGUUAUUUACAUCAAUGGGAAACCAUUUGUUCUCCGUGAAGUUGAAAGACCGUACAAAAACAUGCGGGAAUACACGGGAAUUGGUCGCGAAAGGGUGGAGAAAAUGGAAGCCCGAUUAAAAGAAGAUAUCCUAAGGGAAGCUGAGCAGUAUGACAAUGCCAUAAUGGUUAUUCAUGAAACAGAUGAUGGGCAGAUAUAUGAUGCUUGGGAGCAAGUAACCUCUAAUGUAAUUCAAACCCCACUUGAAGUUUUUAAAAGCCUGGAGGCUGAUGGAUAUCCCAUAAAGUAUGCACGUGUGCCCAUCACAGAUGGAAAAGCUCCUAAAAGUUCUGAUUUUGACACAAUGGCUUUUAAUAUUGCUUCUGCUACAAAGAACACUGCUUUUGUUUUCAAUUGUCAGAUGGGUAGGGGCAGAACAACCACAGGUACCGUCAUAGCUUGCCUUGUGAAACUUCGAAUUGAUUAUGGGAGGCCUAUUAAAAUACUGGGAGAUAAUGUAACCCAGGAAGAAGUGGACGGGGGUUCCUCAGAUGGAGAUGAAGUUGGGAGUUAUAUCACUGCCCCCAAUAAUUUGCAAAUAAAGACAAAUGAGAAACAAAAGCACAUUUUUGGUAUAAACGACAUCCUUUUGUUAUGGAAGAUAACAGCAUUUUUUGAUAAUGGGGUGGAGUGCCGGGAGGCUUUAGAUGGUAUUAUUGAUAGAUGUUCUGCACUUCAAAACAUUCGCCAAGCUGUUCUAGAAUAUAGAAAAGUAUUCAAUCAGCAACAUGUUGAGCCAAGGGUAAGGAGGGUGGCAUUAAAUCGUGGUGCUGAGUACUUGGAACGGUAUUUCCGUCUUAUUGCUUUUGCAGCAUAUCUUGGAAGUGAAGCGUUCGAUGGGUUUUGUGGAGGAGAAUCCAAAGUGUCAUUUAAGAAUUGGUUGCAUCAGAGACCGGAGGUGCAGGCUAUGAAAUGGAGCAUAAGACUGAGACCGGGGCGAUUUUUCACUGUCCCUGAAGAGUUGAGAGCACCGCAAGAGUCUCAACAUGGAGAUGCAGUGAUGGAAGCAUUUGUUAAGGGCCGGAGUGGUUCAGUUCUGGGAAAAGGCUCCAUACUAAAAAUGUAUUUCUUUCCUGGUCAGAGAACUUCCAGCCACAUACAAAUACACGGCGCGCCACAUGUUUACAAGGUUGAUCAAUACUCCGUGUAUUGCAUGGCAACUCCAACCAUUGCUGGUGCUAAGGAGAUGCUAAAAUAUCUGGGUGCUAAUCCUAAAUCAAAAGCCUCAGCUGCUCGAAAAGUAAUUUUGACUGAUCUGAGAGAGGAAGCAGUUGUCUAUAUCAAGGGUACUCCCUUUGUCUUGAGGGAGUUAAACAAACCCUAUGAUACACUCAAGCAUGUGGGAAUCACCGGUCCUGUGGUGUGUCAUUUUUCUUGUACUAUUAUGUAUCUAUACGAACAUGUCACAAAAUCCACUGUGAUACAAUUCUUGUUAACUGCAAUGCAGGUGGAACACAUGGAAGCACGGUUGAAAGAAGAUAUAAUAGCUGAGAUUAGACAGUCUGGUGGUCUGAUGCUGUUUCACCGUGAAGAAUAUAACCCUUCAACAAGUCAGUCUAAUGUUGUUGGAUACUGGGAAAACAUUUUGGUAGACGAUGUGAAAACAACUGUAGAAGUUUAUUCUGCUCUAAAGGAUGAGGGGUACGAUAUUGUCUAUCGUAGGAUACCGUUAACGAGGGAGAGAGAUGCUUUGGCCUCUGAUGUUGAUGCAAUACAGUGCUGUAAAGAUGACUCUGCAGAGAGUUAUCUUUUUGUAUCACACACUGGUUUUGGUGGAGUUGCAUAUGCAAUGGCCAUUAUCUGUAUUAGACUCGGUGCAGAAGCAAACUUUGCAUCCACAGUCCCGCAGCCAUUGCUUAGUCCUCAGCAAUAUGCAGUGACUGAAGAGAACUUUCCUGCUCGAGCUUCUAAUGAAGUGGCACUCAAGAUGGGUGACUAUCGUGACAUUUUGAGCCUUACAAGAGUCCUCAUACAUGGUCCCCAAAGCAAAGCAGAUGUUGACAUUGUUAUUGACAGAUGUGCGGGUGCAGGGCAUCUACGAGAUGAUAUUCUUUAUUAUUGUAAAGAAUUUGAGAAGUUUACUGAUGGUGAUGAUGAGGAACGUGCGUAUCUUAUGGACAUGGGUAUCAAGGCUUUGAGGCGGUAUUUUUUCCUUAUCACAUUCAGAUCUUACCUUUACUGCACCUCUCCGUCCAAUAUGGAGUUUGCUGCAUGGAUGGAUGCAAGACCCGAACUUGGUCAUCUAUGUAACAAUCUUAGAAUUGAUAAAUAAUGUAGUUAGCAAUGGUGAUAGUUUUGUCAAUGUAUAGUUGGCACUUGCUGUUGCAGUUUGUAAUAUACAUCCUCUCUUUCCCCAUCCUCGCUCAAUACCGUAAAAUGCAGCAGGAUCGUGGUAGCUAGCGAACUUCUCGCUCGUAGGCAAAAGCCAUGGUAUACCUCAGUCAGCUUCUUGCAUUCUACCCUGUAUGUUAUGAGAAGUUGGCUCUGACAUCAGUACAUACAGUACAUAACUGUUGGAGGAGCAACAUUUGCUUGCUUCCGGCACUCGCUCACCCAUCGGUCAAACUGUUUUGGGACGUUGAAUAUCUCUUAUUGUAUUCCUAUUUCAUUGAGAUUGUGUAGUGCAUUAGUUUAAUUA